UUGAUCGGCAUGCGGCCUCGCAGCUAAGCGGGUGUGGCAAGCAGUGACCUGCAAAAUGGGUGUCUCUCCGAUUCUCAAGGGCGAGCAGGUUGUCGUCGUGGUUCUGGAGGAUGGGCGAGUUACAUACUUUGGAACUCAAGGGUCUCAGGAAACAGGGAGCCUUUGUUUCUCUAUUCAUCAGUCGCAGUUGUCGGCCAAGUGCUGCGAGCUGGAGUCGGCCCAUUUGCAUGCUCAUGUUCAUCGCGGUGAAGAAAUAGAGAAACUCCUACUUGAGCCAUGUUCUGUGCCGGAUUUUUCCAGCAAGAUGGUGGAGGAGAAAACUCAUAAACAUGGGGCCGAAUGCGGUCAUCAACGAAUAGCACACGGUGACCAUUUCGAUUGGCUCGUUCCGCUGACUGAAGAUUCCUUCACCUUAAGUCAUGUGCAAGACUCCAAAGAAUUUGAGCACGGCCAACUUCUGAAAGUCGGGGAGUCGCUUGCGAGAUUGAACGGCCAGCCGAAUCAUAUGGUGGAAGUGUUCAAGUACGAGGCAUCCCAAACUUCUUCACGUAUCGAUGAGAGUGCUGAGGAGGUGAGGAUGGAUGUCAACGAUAAGCAGCCGAUCGCUAGAACAAGAUUGAACGUUCUUGGGAUCUGCUGCGCUGGGGAGAUUCCUGCUAUCAAAAUGAUUUUGGAACCGCUUUCUGGUGUUGAAGACGUUUCAGUAAACUACACAACUCGCACCGUUACUAUACUUCACAACCCGUUAUUGACACCGGCUUCACAGCUCGCUAAAGCUCUUAAUGAGGCUAGGAUGGAAGCCAGUGUCCUGCACGAAGGACCACAAAAGAGUAACCCUGAGUACAAGAGGAGCCUAUGGUUACUUGUUUCUGGUGUUCUGCUGGUUCUAUCCUUUCUUUAUCUGUUUUAUCUCCCACUUCAAUGGUUUGCCAUUGGGACAAUUCUAUUAGGAGCUCCUGGGAUUGCUCUGAAGGCCGUAAUGUCAUUGAAGCGCCUGAGACUCGAUGUCAAUGUGUUAAUGCUAAUUGCCAUUAUCGGUGCAAUGGGACUACAAAAUUAUAUAGAGGCCGGCUCUAUUGUAUUUCUCUUUUCUUUCGCAGAUUGGCUUCAAUUACGUGCCGUGAAGAAGGCUAAUGAGGCCUUGGCUUUUGCUGCGGAUCUUGUUCCUCAGAAUGCCACACUUGCCGAUAGUGGUCUCCCAGUUCCAUUGAAGGAAAUCCAGUUGGGAACGCUGAUUUCUGUGAAAGCCGGAGAGAUGGUUCCAAUCGACGGAGUCUUGAUUUCAGGGGAGAGCUCUUUAAAUGAGAGUAGUCUAACAGGAGAAUCGAGACCUGUCGCCAAGCAUGUAGGGGAUAAUGUUUGGGCUGGCACAGUGAACUUAUCUGGAUAUUUGGUUAUAGAGACCAUUUCAACAGCGGAAGACUCUGCGCUUUCAAGGAUGAUCAAGCUUGUUGAAGAAGCACAAAGCAAACGUACACAUACUGAGCAAGUUGUGGAAACAUUCGCAAAGUACUACACUCCUGCCGUUUUUCUCGUCGCGACAGCUACAGCACUGAUCCCACUUCUUCUGUAUACAAGCUAUGAGAGCCACUGGCUCUAUUUAUCCCUUAUCAUAGUGGUGGUGGCUUGCCCUUGUGCUCUCGUGAUAUCCACUCCUGUCACCGCAACGUGUGCAAUUGCUGGGGCUGCAAAGCUCGGGCUUAUAAUCAAAGGAGGUGACUGUCUCGAGCUUCUAGCAAGUAUGAAGGUGGUAGCCAUUGACAAGACGGGUACACUCACGGAAGGCCAUUUCAGAGUGCUGGAUUUUCAUGUUGUUAAUAGCACUGAGACCCCCAAGUCGGAGCUCCUACAACGGAUUGCUGGCGUAGAGAGCCAUUCCAUUCAUCCAGUAGCUACUGCCUUUGUUGGAUACGUUCGGAUACUCGGAAUCAAACCUUCGGAAAAUGUUGCAGACUUUAAGAUUUUGGAAGGUGAAGGAGUGUCAGCUGUUGUUGAUGGCCACCUGAUUGAGAUUGGAAACACUAGGCUGGCGUUUCGGCGGAACUGGCGCACUUCGAUUUUUUCACAGCAUCUGGAAGAAUAUGAAAAGCAAGGCGCUACAAUUUGCUGGGUUGGCGUCAAUGGCGAACUGGUGGGGCAUUUCAGCGCUGCAGACAAAGCCCGAUCGGAAGCACGUGAAGCCAUUGAAAACAUAAAGAACUCAGGUGUUACGGUCCUAAUGCUGACUGGGGAUAACCAGAAUGCGGCUGCUUGCGUGAGCCAUCAGUUAGGUGGCAUUGAGUUUCAUGCCGAGCUACUUCCCCGAGACAAAGUCAUGAUCAUUGAACAGCUAAAAGCUUCAGUCGGCACGACAGCAAUGGUUGGAGAUGGCGUGAACGAUGCACCUGCAUUAGCUGCUGCACAUAUCGGCAUCGCAAUGGGAGUUGCCGGCUCCGCCAUGGCAAUGGAAAUAGCGGACAUUGCCUUGAUGAUGAACGAUCUUCGGAGGUUGGCAGUAUUAAGAACAGUGGGGAAAAGCUACAGGAAUGUGGUCAUGCAGAACAUAUUCUUCUCCCUCUUCACAAAGCUGGUUGUAGUGGGGCUAGCGGUUGCAGGAUAUACACCACUAUGGGCUGCGGUAUUGGCAGAUGUCGGAACCUGCGUUUUAGUCACCUUCAACGGUAUGCAGCUGCUUUUCAAACAUCAGAGCUCAAGAAUGUCUAAGCCAGAGGAGGCUAGUGACGGUAGCCGGAAUGGUUUGAAGGACAGCGAUGCAAAGCAGGACGCAAAACCAUCUGUCACAUGCAAAACAGGCUGUUGUGCGGCUUCACAAGCUGGCGGUAGCGAAGAAAAGCAGGAUGGAAAACCAUCUGUCAAUUGCAAAACAGGCUGUUGUGCGGCUUCACAAGCUGGCGGUAGCGAAGAAAAGCAGGAUGCGAAACCAUCUGUCAAAUGCAAAACAGGUUGUUGUGCGGCUUCACAAGCUGGCGGUAGCGAAGAUGUUCCCACAAAGCAGGAUGCACGCUCUGAGUGCAAGACGGGUUGCUGUAGGCUUAUAAAGCCGAAGCUGGUUGCCGAUAGUAAUGUCGACGAUAGUAGCCCGGUGGUCAAGACGAAAUGUCAGCGCUCUUGUUGCUUUAGAAACAGUGACAAGCAGGGCUUGCAAGUACCACUCCUCGCUGACCACGUAUGAUGCUCAAGGUGCCGAACUGCACCACGGUCUGCCUAUUUGCUCGUUAUGCGACUAUCCUUGACAACUAGCUCAUACUCUUCAACACUCUCUAAGAGCAACAACAUAAGAGCUUUUGGAGAGCUAUCCUGCUCAUUAUCAUCUCAUGAACUAUCCUGCUGACAAUGAGUAAGGGAGCUUUCUCUUA